AUGAAUGAUACAUCUCUCUGCCCACUCACCAUGGGUAUUAUGUACGAGAAACGGCCCCUGAAGAGGCCUAAAUUGGGUCCUCCCGAUGUAUACCCUCAGGAGCCUCGUCAAAAAGAAGACGAACUUACAUCAACUAACGUGAAACACGGUUUCUCCACAACUCCACAAUCUAGUGAUGAGUUUGGAACGGCUAGAAAUUUUAAUUAUUCGGCAACAAAGAUAGGUCAGUUUUUCUCGAGUAUAUUAUCUAAAAAAGAAGAACUGAAUACUCUGCCUGACUGUGGGAGAAAGAGACAGCAAGUAAACCCAAAAGACAAUUUUUGGCCAGCAACAGCUCGCACUAAAGCUCAGAUUGAAGCAUGGUUCAAGGAUUUGGCAGGUAGCAAGCCACUUUCUCAAUUAGCGAAGAAAGCUCCAAACUUCAAUAAGAAAGAAGAAAUUUUCAUAACUUUGACUGAGUACCAGGUCUCCAUGCCUCGGGCAGCUUGGUUUAUAAAACUUAGUUCAGCAUACACUGUUGCUGUUUCUGAAGCUAAAAUCAAGAAACGGCAACUGCCUGAUCCUACCACAGAAUGGACCACAACACUAAUAAAAUUUCUCAAAGACCAAAUACCAAAAUUGGCUGAACACUACCAAAGUGCAGUUCCAGGCAAUAUUUCUGAUAAGACACCACCCUCACAAUCAGGCCAAGGCACACCUAGCCAUAAUUCGUCAGGUAAUCCACCAGGAGGGUCCACACCUAACUCAACAGUGCCAAACUCUAUGCACUCGCCAGGAAACUCUAGCACCUUAGGUUCUUCAACCCCUGGGUCAGGUGAAAGUACAGACUGGCGACAAGCUCUGAAGCUGUGGAACUACUGCGGCCGCCUCGCUAAGUAUUUAUUAGACGAAGGUCUGCUUGACAGACAUGAUUUUUUAACUUGGAUCAUUGAACUUCUUGACAAGAGAGCGCCUGAUGAUGGGCUUUUACGGUUGUUUUUACCAUUGGCUCUACAACACAUGUCGGAGUUCGUCGGUUGCGAGAGUCUUUCUCGACGGUUAGCCACUUCUUGCGCAAAAAAAGCUGCGGCAAUAUGCUCAGUGUUGUCCGAUACUACCCUGAGAACUCUAAACCAACCUGCCGUAUUUUCCAAGACUACUGAUAGAAAUGCUGAAACAAAUGGUCAACCGCUGUCACCAGCUCCCGAAAAUACCGACAUAAAGUCAAAUAUAUCUCAAAUUAAACGGGAGCCUACACCUAUAGAAAACCAAGGAACACCGAAUCCAAACCAUUCUCUAGGCACGCCAAACCCCAACCACAGCCUCGGUACACCAAAUCCCCUUGGCACGCCAAAUCCAUCUCAACCGAUGGACGUCGUGAAAGAAGAGAGGCCUUCCACGCCUAGGGAGACCAAACCUACAAUUAACUCUGUUGUGACGGCCGCUUUGAAUCCUGUACAAGUUGGCUUCGGAGAAAUACUAAACUGUGCUUAUCAUAGAGAUGUCAUUAUUCAGCUAGCAACAAUUUUGCAGAUCAUUUGCAUCGAGUGUCCUACAGCCAUGGUGUGGUCUGGAUGUGGCUCAUCUUUACAAGGGUCACCAUUAGACUUGCUACCCUUACCCCCCUCUGCACUGCCUAUGCCGCACAUGGAUACAGAUAGUACUGAGGAACAUCGAAAAAUGGUGUAUGAUGCAGAACAAGAAAUCUCUGCCAGAAGUAAAAAGGCAGAAAGUAAAUGGUGCACUGACAAGUGGCAAACUAGUUCUCAAGCGCGAGUACUAGCAGUGUUGGAGGCUCUUGACAGGCACUGCUUCGACCGCGUAGAUACUAACAAUAAUCUGGACACCCUGUAUAAAGAAGUGUUCGCUAACUGUCCACCACCGUCGAAAGAUAAUGUAGAUACCAAAGAUCCGGAGUGGGCGUGCCCGUACAGCGUAGUGCGCGUGAUUUGCGAGUGGGCCGUGUGCAGCGCUCGCUGGGGGGAGCACAGGGCGCAGGCCGCGGCGGCGCUGCUAGACCGGCGCCAGCACCACACCUUGCACCACCACCACGAACACCAUACCACUGGAUCUGACGACAAAGAAUCAGUGAGUUCCGGCACCGGUCUAUAUAAUGGCCCACCUAUAUUUCAGAAUCUCCUUCUACGUUUCUUAGACAAUGAUGCACCUGUUUUAGACGAGAGUCCCAACGCGCCACCAGGGAAUAGACAACAAUUCGCUAAUUUGGUGCAUUUAUUCGGCGAGCUAAUUAGACGAGAUGUGUUUUCGCAUGAUGUAUACAUGUGUACACUUAUAUCUAGAGGAGAUCUGAUAUCCCCAACAGAACCAACGUCAACAGUCAACAAUGUCCACACUGUGGCGCCACCUGUUAAUAGCACCGGUACUAACCACAAUAUGGAUGAGGAUAUUUUCGCCGGCAUCGAUCUCAAACCCAAAAUGGAGGAGAAUGUGCGAAUGGAUUUGGACGAUUCAAAAAUUGAUGAUGACCUUGAUAAGUUAUUGCAACAUAUUAAAGAAGACCAGCAAAAUUCGAUGGAUGCUCCUGACAGCCCUAAAGACCCUGGAGAACCCUCGCACAGUGUAACUUCACCAAUGAUGGGACCAAGCAGUAUUGGCAUACCUGGCAUGCCUGGCAUGAGUAUGGGACCGAUGUCUGUACCAGGUAUCCGCACCACAAGCUCUGGUCCAUCAAGUGGAUGUGGUGGUGGCGCCAUCGUUACCGGGACAGUGUCCCGACAUUACCACUACACACUCCACUUCCCUUUGCCGCCAACGGAACCAGAACAUACUCCUCAUGAUGCCAACCAACGACACAUACUCUUGUACGGCGUUGGGAGAGCAAGAGAUGAUGCCAAACACGCCGUUAAGAAGAUGACCAAAGAAAUAUGUAAGCUGUUUUCUAAAAAGUUCUCGAUCGACGUGGCAGAAGGUGGAAAAAUUAAAAAACAUUCGCGCAGUGAAUUUAACUUCGAAGCGGUUACACAAAAAUUUCAGGCAAUGUCGAUGUACGAGCAAGGAGCGGUGUCGUGGGCGGUGGGCGGGGCGGUGUGCGAGGCGCUGGCGGCGUACGCGGCGGGCGCCACCACGUACCUGCCACAGCCCGAGCACGUCGCCUUUGCGCUCGACCUCAUGGAGAUCUCGCUCAACGUGCACGGACUCAUCGAUACUUGCAUACAGAUACUAAAAGAACUAUCAGAAGUGGAAAGCGCCCUGAUAUCUCGCGGAGCGCUGAGCAGCGGCCUGGCGGCCCCACGGGCUUACACUUCUGCUUUGGCUUUGUAUACGGUUGGCGCCCUUAGGAAGUACCACUCAUCUUUAUUACUAUGCGUCGAACAGACAUCCGCAGUGUUCGAACAGCUCUGCCGUUUAGUUAAAUGCGUGGUGAACCCCGGCGACUGCGGCUCGGCUGAACGUUGUGUAUUGGCGCAGCUGCACGACUUGUACAAGGCGGCCGCGCAUCUCUUUCAUGCACCUCAUGCUGACACUUUCGCUAACGCCUACCCAAAAAUCAAGCAAGCUCUCUAUUCUCCACUGCAGCCAACGCCGUCAAACUACCCUUACAACCCACAGUUUCUUAGUGAAUUCUUCACGAAUCCACGUAAAGGUAAAAUAGAAAUAGCAUGGGCCCGUCAAGUGGCUGAAUCGCCAGCUAACAGAUACAGUUUUGUCUGUUCAGCUAUGCUUGCCGUGUGUCGUGAAGUCGAUAACGAUCGCGUGAACGAGCUGGGCGUGGUGUGCGCGGAGAUGACGGCGUGGUGCAGCUCGCUGGCGGCGGAGUGGCUGGGCGCGCUGGUGGCGCUGUGCGGCGCGCAGCACUACCCGCUGGCCGCGCCGCACGCCGCGCCGCCGCCGCUCUACCCCGACCUGCUGCACCACCGCGACCUGCACGACGCCGCCGCGCACGACGCGCUCGCCGUCUUCACCUGCAUACUCGUCGCGCGGCACUGCUUCUCCCUAGAAGAUUUCGUGCGUCAUGCAGCACUGCCUUCCCUUCUAAAAGCCUGUGGAGGAGGUGGGUCUGGUAAUCCCGCGAACGCGCCGUCACCCGACACGGGCGCCAGGCUCACCUGCCACCUUCUCCUCAGGCUCUUUAAGACUGUUGACACUCCGCAGCCAUGUUUAUACUCUGUAUCGACAUCACCUGGACCAGGCGGAGCGGCUGCGGGUGUGCGAUUGUCAUGCGACCGACAUCUGCUCGCCGCGGCUCAUAAAAAUAUAGGAGUGGGACCCGUACUUGCUACACUGAAAGCCAUACUUAUGGUUGGUGAUUCGACGGCUCGAGACGGCGGUAAACCUGGCGGAAAGAAAUCAUGCGAGUUGUCGCACAUACUGGGCACCAGCGACACGGUCCCCACUGACGCACAGUUAGAACUGAUGUCGAUGGUAGAUUCAGAGAUGAGUGGGGGCCAUAGAACUCCUAGGGGUAGCGGAGGCGUUGGUUCAACAUUACUUGACUCCUCCCAAUCAUUGUCUUCAUUAGCGAGGCGGGUACUAGCAGAGAUAUGCUCUGAAGAGUGGGUGCUCCAGAAAUGUUUACAGAACCCUGAUGAGCUCUACCAGCCGGAUAUGUUGCUCGAUCCAAUGCUCACAACGAGACAAGCACAAAGACUCCUUCAUAUGAUCUGCUACCCUGAGUCAGCGAGUCACACACAUCCCGAUCUUGAUCAGAAGACUAUUAUCACGCGACUGUUGGAGAACCUGGAACAGUGGUCAUUGCGUAUGUCUUGGCUGGACCUACAGCUGAUGUUUAAGCAGUUCCCUAGUGGAUCUUCGGAAUUAAGCGCCUGGUUGGAUACGGUGGCGCGCGCCGUCAUCAAUGUUUUCCAACAGCCCGCACCGCCACCACCAGAUAAAGAUAGAACGGGCACAGAUCGGGGCGUAGUUAGCACAAGCAAAUGGUCGGAAUCCGUUUGGUUGGUGGCACCUCUCGUAGCCAAGCUACCGGCAGCUGUCCAAGGACGGGUACUGAAACAAGCUGGACAGAUAUUGGAAAGUGGUUGGGGUGCUGGUUGCAGCGGCAAUUGUUCCGGCGGCAGCGGUGGAGGUGGCAGUUCACAUCGCGACUGCAAGAGCCAUCAGAGUCCCAGUUACAAAGGGUCCGCGGGAGGCGGCGCAGGAGGCAAGCGCGGCGUUAGCAGCGGAGGCUGCGCCGGGGGCUGCGCCUGCGGCGGGGGCAACGCCGUACGCCUCGCCAACGAGCCUCUGCUGUCGCUCGUGCUCACGUGUCUCCGACAUCAAGAUGAUCAAAAGGAGAGCCUGCUGAGCUCGAUCCACGCGCAGCUGCAGCACUACCUGACGCACGCGCGCGAGCACGAGCGCGCGGCGUGCGGCGACGGCUGGCAGGACGAGGCCGCGCCCGACGCGCUACAGCUGCGCUUCUCGCUCGCCGGCGGCAUGUUCGACGCCAUCCGCCGCUCCUACCAGCUCACCGCCGACUGGGCCGUGCUACUUACGCAGCUCCUCGCCCACCAGCUCAUCGACGCCUACAACAAUAGUUUGUGUCGCAGCAACCUGUUCACGACCUUGAUCGACAUGCUUGCCACCUUGAUUCACUCGACCCUGGCGGACGGUGGCGAUGACAACAAUAGGAAACACUACCAAAAUCUUAUGAAGAAAUUGAAAAAAGAAAUUGGCGAACGACAUGGACCCUCGGUUCAGUGCGUGCGGCAGCUACUACCGCUGUCUAAGAAUACUAUUAUAGAGGUGAUUGCCUGCGAGCCAAUAGGAUGCGUAGUAGACCAAAAAGGAAAUAAAAUCACAGGAUUCGACAGUGAUAAGAAACAGGGUCUUCGAUUGACGGACAAGCAACGCGUAUCCAGCUGGGAACUUGUUGAGGGGGGAAGGAACCCUGCACCUUUGUCAUGGGCCUGGUUCGCUGCCACUAAAAUCGAGAGGAAACCGCUUACAUAUGAGAAUGCGCACAGGUUGCUGAAGUAUCAUACGCACAGUCUUGUAAAGCCCCUAAGUUAUUAUUUGGAGCCGCUGCCACUUCCACCAGAAGACCUCGAAACAAAUGACAUAAAACAGGAUCCUGGAAGUCUGGACUCAAGCCCUACUGGCGCUGGAAAAACAAGAUCUCGUAACGUUCCAUGCAAGAACAUUAAGAAAUCUAAACCUACUACACCGACAAACGGAGUCCCAGCGCAGGGCGGAGUGGGUACACCUGGCAUGCCGCCUGCACCUCAGCAGCAACCACAAUUCAUGCAGCAACAACAACAAUGGUUCCCACCGCCUGGACAAAACUACUACAACCAGCCUGGCCCUGGACCUGCUGGCGUUAGUCCCCGCGGUGUGACACCUCCUUCCAACAAUCAGUCGAAGCAGGCGCUCAGCAACAUGUUGCGCCAACGAGUACCUUUCAAUCAAAUGACGCAGAUGCAGACCGGCGGAUACCCAGGCGCUCCUCACGCUCGCGCGCAGUUCCCACGACAGGCCAUGAGACAAAUGCAGCCCAACCAAAUGGGCGCUAUGCAGUCAGCACAAAUGAAUCCAAUGAGUGGAAUGCCAAGUAUGGGGCCUAUGGCUCAAAUGGGAGGAGUUCAAAUGCCAAGUCAAAUGGCCGGGGGACAAAUGGCAGGUGGACAAAUGGGCGGUGGUCAGAUGGGCGCAGGCCAGAUGGGUGCCGGGCAGAUGGGAGGAAGCCAGAUGGGGGGGAUGGGUGGACAGAUGUUUGGAGGACAGUAUGGAGGUAUGCAACAGAGCUAUGGCGGGUAUGGGCAGCAGAUGAUGCAAGGAGGACAACAACAAAUGAUGAAUCAGGGAAUGAGUCAAAGUGUAAACCAAAUGGGACAACAAGUAAAUCCUAUGAGCCAAGGAGUGAACAGCAUAGGACAAAACGUCGCUCAAAUGAGCCAAGCCGUUGGCCAACCCUCACAAUUGUCGCAGACUAUGGGACAGAUGAGUCAAGGCAUGGGCCAAAUGGGGCAGCCUAUGGGACAAAUGGGUCAAAUGGGGCAAGGAGGUGGAAUGGGCGCAAUGAACAGUCAAGGAGGAUCAAUGGGUCCUCAGGGAGCUAAUGCUAUGGGAGGAUUCCCUGGACAACAGUCAUUCCAACAGAAUCUCAUGGGCGGAAGAGCGAGCCAAGAAGCGUAUUUGGCGCAAAGACAAAAUCCACGCCCACCUUACAUGCAGCAGGCACCCAACGUCACAAUGGGUGGUAUGGGGGGUCCCGCACCACCUUACCCUCGCGGCAUGCAGCCGCAACAAAGUGCGCAGUACCAGCAACAGAUAACACAGCAGCGUAUGCGGCAACAGAUGAUGGCCAUGCAGCAGCAACAGCAGCAAGGACCUUUAGUACAGCAUUUACAGCGACAACAACAGUAUCAGCCGCCUUAUUAA